AUGGACUCGCAAAAAUACUUACUGCUCCAAGUACUUCGCAGCUGCUUUAUGGUCAGCAUGUUGCUCGAUCUGAGCAGCGCUGUUCAGCAAGCAAGUGUGGUUCAAAAAACUCAAAACCUCGCAAUCGGUGCAUGCGCAGCUUACGACGAAGAAUUCUGCUCCCGCGAAGUGGAAAACAGUGUGUGCAACAAAGAGAAAAAUGAAUGUUUCUGCCGUAAAGGCUAUGUGGCUAUUCGGGAAAAUGGUCGCGUCACAUGCAAAACACUUUUGACGGACCUGAAGUGCCGCACAGAUCGUGACUGUGUGCAUGUCAAUCGAAGCAGUUGUCAUCCUGGAGCUGGAUACUGCUCUUGCCCGGGUAGUACAAUUUAUGUGCCGCAACAACAUGCAUGCAGAAGCCGUGCUGACCAUGCAAGAGAUUCCAUUUGUAAAGUCUGUCAAGAGGCUGGUGGAGUUUGCUUCUAUUAUGAACCAAAUGAACUUGAUGCAGAAGAGGUCAGGCACAACCCAAAUCUUAUCGGUUGUGUUUGCCCUGGUCAAGGAAAAUUUACGCGCAUCCGCUCACCUAGUUGGGCAGAACACAUAUGUUCCGGUGAACUUGUCGGAAUUGGAGAAAAAUGCGAUCAGUACGCCUUCAUUUGCCGUUCAAAAAAUGCAAUUUGUAAUGAAUUGCGUUUUAAUCAAAGGUCGCAAAUUGACUCAGCUUCCAACACUGCGCCAGUGUUUUCAAAUCAAGCUUCGGUUCACAUCUCUGUUGAUCAAGUCUCUCUUUGCCAAUGUCCGGCAGGAACUAUUCCCGUGUAUCAGUCAACUUUGGAUUACUUUGAAUGUUUUCCUAAGCUGGCACAUAAUGCUCCAAGGUGCGAGCCAUGCACACGCGACGGUGGACAAUGCUAUGACUUGAAUGCAGACGGAGAGAGUGACGGCUGCGUAUGUCCACACCAUCGAUCGCAUGGAUCUGAAUUUCUCGGACACAUUGGCCACCACUGCCCCCAAUUACACGUUUUAGUGAAUUGUUCAAACGGAUAUCUUUCGGUAUGCUACCGUCCACAUUCCGAAGUGCCAUACCACCAGCUCCAGGAGAAUCUCCUUCAAGGGAAUGCUGUGGCAAAAUUAGGUAACAUCCACACAGCGAAUUCAAAGUUUCAAGACGUUAAACAAUACGCCUAUAAUCCAAGUGAACAUCAAGCAUAUGCAUUCUCCUUCUCCGAAUUGGAGUCAAAUUCUGGGAGCCUUCUAUCUCAAAAAUCGUUGGCGAGUGAAUCUAGUGCUUGCAUCCUGCUUGAAAGCACAGCUCAAAAACUGGGCAGGCAGUUUUUGGUCGCUCGACUUCCUGAGCUUUUCCUACAUGAAAGUGCCCUUGGACUGCGUCACUUUUGCGCGCACCUAAAAGUAUGGGGACAGCAACACACAUGCGGUACUCGAGUGUACAGCCUUGGGAGUAAUUUGCUUCAGUAUGAAGCAAUGUUGGAAGUUAUGGUCAAUCACAGUUUUCGAACACCUAGUUUGGACUUGCGCGUUCCAUUGAGGUGCACCUCCCAAAAGCCGGCGAAACCAAUCUUAACUACAAUGGGCACAAAGGACAAAAUACAUUUGUCGACUGCACAAUAUGACGUUUUGUCCCAGAAGACUAUCCUUGAAUUCCGGAUCCUCAAUUAUGAAAGGAAGGAGGUGUACUUGGUUGACCAACGCGCCAAGCUCCGGUUAGAUGCACUCUUGACUGACAGUACAGAAACAUUUAAAGCCAUGAAUGUUUACAGCUGCAGUUUUGGAAAUAGAUCAAAAGUGAUUGGUUUCCGGCACGAGAUGGGAAAUACCAAAUUUAUUCACCAUGGUUGUCCUGUCAAAAAUCCGUGGUUGCACACACGCUUCUCAAAUGGACAAUUUCCAAGCCGACAUAUUCAGAGUGAUGAGUUCCCAAGCUUUAAAAUGGGCAAUGGGUCAUCCAUAUUUUUUCGCUGCGUUUUCAAGUUGUGCGCAAAUCCAGUGGACUGUCAGCAGCAAACAUGUGAAGGCAAUGUGAGGACGCUGAGACGCACAGUAUCUCGUCACAGCCAUUCAGUGUUUCUCGAUAAUACAUCACCCAACGCCCCACGGUACGCAGUGAACGACUCAGUUCGGCCGGAUCUUAGCCAAUACUCAAGCCCACGGUUCAAAACGAUAACGCUGGAGAGAUGGGCACAUGUCGAAGUGCAAACGAAACAAUGUGUUCUACCAAGUUGCGCUAUUGUAAAAACACAGAAGGAAGAAGAGCCCGUUACUCAUUGUUACCACUAUUCUGCCCCAUCGCUCUUACCAAAGCAAGGAUACCCUAAAUGCCAGUACACUGUUUGCUUAACAGCCGCUGAUCUGAUGUGGGUAAUCAUUGGUUUUAUAUUUAUUACGAGCCUCAUCUGCUUGAGCGUCUUCGUUGCCCUUCGCCAUCCUCGACUAACAGAAAAUCCGCUCAGCGUUAACGCAAAUUCCAGCUCUACGCUGUUGAACGGAAACUUAUUCAGUUCGAAGGUCAAGCGAAUGGGAACCUGUAUGAACGCUGAUUCAGGUUGCUGUAGAGAUGACCUCGAAAAGCAGGAUCGUUUCUAUGAUAAACACUCAGGAGCAGCUGCUGAACUGGGAGAUCUACGCUCUAACUUUGAUGUAAAUAUACCGAAAUUACAAUCUUUUGUGCUCGAUGGCUACUUUCACGCAAAGCAAAGCAUUAGCACGAAUCCCCAAACAUAUCCUAAACGAUGCAAGAAUAUCAUGGAUCAAGCCGCAUCAAAACUUCAGGUUCGAGAAGAGGAUUCCCCAUGUCUAUCACCGUGUUAUUGUGACUCACUUGGAUGCAGAACAACGUCGAUGAAAUCAAGCAGUCGCACCCACGCACCUCAAAACGCUUUGUGCAAACAGAAGAAUGUGACUUGUAUAGGAUUGCAGCAACCUUGUUCUGCAGAAAUGAUCAACGGCUGCAAACCUAGUGUGGCUGAUAUAAAAGUAAAAGAAGAUACCUUUUGUACCACCUUUGUUAACCAGUGUAUGAGUCCAAAGACCUCUCCGGAGGAAAAUCGCAAAGUGCUUCAAAACCAUUUGUUUGCUCUGUCACCUAGAUUUGUGACAGGAUAUCCUCAACAAUCCAGCAGAUCCACAAAAAGCACAGCACCAUGUGAUUUUACUGUACUAAACAAUUCCUCGGCUGCAGAACGAGCUGUUCGUACUAUGCACAUUAAUUCUUAG